GUGGAGCGAGCGUCCUCUUACCAUCCCACCCCUCUUUCCCUCUUUGGGCCUGGUGCAGGUGCAUGUUGCAUGAGCAGAGGGCGGAAGUUUCCCACACCUCCCCAGAGAAGGUUAGUGGGCUCUGCCCCAAGCUUCCUAAUUCAGGAUUUUGGUUCCCUGCAGAGGAGAAAUAUGACAGGGAGCAGGCUUGGUCCCCGCUCUGGCGCUCUGCCUCUCCACGUGCUCGUGGCCUCUCCCAGCCUGGUGCUAAGCAGUGUCAUGAGUCCGGACCAGGUUGGGGAUUAAUUCUUGGGCAUGGGGGCACUUCAGGGCUGGGAAGGAGGAGGAGUGGCAGGUCCAAGGUCACCAACAGAGAGGGGCAGCUGAUGUCGUUGACAUAUUCCUCCUCCUGACAGAGGCAGUCAGGCACCCCCCCCCCCCGGCUGGGGGCUGCGGCAGGCCUGGCCUGUGCCAAGCAUUGGCUUUGACUGCCAGGCUCCAGCUUCCCUGGCUCCUCCUCCCAGCCUCUCCCCUAACACCCCCCCACAAAUACUUAAUACCUCUGGGACCCAGGCCACCCGCUGUGGACUUUGGCAUUAGCAGUAGCUAGUGCGGGGAGCCUGGAAAGACUGGGAGCAAAGUCUCUCAAACAGAGCACGAGAAGGAGCUUCGGGCACUGUACUGCCUGCUAGCUUUCCCCAGAGGAGCUCCCAGCUGGGCCACAGCUGGUGUCGGCCCCGCUGGUAGAAUAGAAAACAGGUUCAGAGAUGUGGUGAGACACUCAGCAUCGCACAGUAAGUUUGGGGCCAACAGGGCUGAAGUGCUCUGUGUCCUGUAUGUGUUUCCAAAAAUAAGGCCUAGUUUACAUGGAGAGAAUUCAGAUGUCGCUGGCUGAGCAGGAGAGCUGAAAGCCAGUCAGAUUCCUCUGCUUGCAUGCGUGCCAGAGUCUGCACCCUGGCCCCAGCCCCUCAGGCUCUAGUUAAGGUAGCCCCCAAUACAGGGUCUGCCUGGAUCUUUGCUUGGCUUAAAUGAGCCAGAAUUUGCCAGUUCCCUGCCAAGCAGAGAACUUCUCAGUCUGCUCAGAGCGGACUACCAGCUAGGGAGGAUAAUAGGGGCAAGGGUUUCCAAGCCCGAGUAAACCAGACAAGUUCUCCCGUCCAGCCUCGGCUGCCACCUGCAGGUUGUUUGGGCUCUGGCCAUGUGGCUGCCCCUGCUGCUGGGAGUCUUGCUCUGGGCAGCGCUGUGGUUGCUCAGGGACCGGCAGAGCCUACCCGCCAGCGACGCCUUUGUCUUCAUCACUGGCUGUGACUCAGGCUUCGGCCGGCUUCUGGCCCUGAGACUGGACCAGAGAGGCUUCCGAGUCCUGGCCAGCUGCCUGACCCCCUCAGGGGCAGAGGACCUACAGCGGGUGGCCUCCUCCCGCCUCCACACCACACUGCUGGAUGUCACGGAUCCCCAGAGUGUCCAGCGGGCAGCCAAGUGGGUGGAAACACAGGUUGGAGAAGCAGGGCUUUUUGGUCUAGUGAAUAACGCUGGUAUGGCCGGGAUCAUUGGGCCCACCCCGUGGCUCACACAGAACGAUUUCCAUCGGGUGCUCAACGUGAAUACACUGGGUCCCAUCGGUGUCACCCUUGCCCUACUGCCCCUGCUGCAGCAGGCCCGGGGCCGGGUGGUCAACAUCACCAGUGUUCUGGGUCGCCUGGCAGCCAAUGGCGGGGGCUACUGUGUUUCCAAGUUUGGCCUGGAGGCCUUCUCUGACUGUCUGAGGCGGGAUGUGGCUCAUUUUGGGGUCCGAGUCUCCAUCGUGGAGCCUGGCUUCUUCCGAACCCCUGUGACAAAUCUCAAGAGUUUGGAGGAUACACUGCAGGAGUGCUGGGCACGGCUACCUUCUGCCACACAGGCCCGCUAUGGGGAGGCCUUCCUCACCAAAUAUUUGGAAGUACAGCAGCGCAUCAUGAACCUGAUCUGUGAUCCAGACCUGACCAAGGUGAGCAGGUGCCUGGAGCAUGCCCUCACUGCUCGUUACCCCAGAACCCGUUACAGCCCAGGCUGGGACGCCAAGCUGCUCUGGCUGCCAGCCUCCUACCUGCCAGCCAGCCUGGUGGAUGCUGUGCUCACCUGGCUCCUUCCCAAGCCUGCCCAGGCAGUCUGCUGAAUCCAGCCUGCCAGCCUUCUGUCCCCACCCAGGUACUGCCUAAUGCCUGGCAUAAAACAUGCACUGAAUAAAUGUCUUGCUUAAAAAACAAACAAAAAACACUGUAGAUGG